AUCUGGCAACCCUUUAACUUGUGAACGUGGUGUUUUGUAAUGCGUAAAGUUUAUAAAAAUGUCUUUAAAAAGGGAUGCCUCUGGAUCCGUGAGUUUAAUUGGCCACGCCAGAGUAAAGACGAUUAAAAAGGAACCGGCUAACAAUAAACCACCGCCCAAGAGCAAUGAGCCAUCAAUUUCACCGGUGGAAUACACCGUAGAAAAGAUCAUUGGGAAACGCUUUUGGAAUGGGCGCCCACAACUAUUGAUCAAGUGGUUUGGUUAUCCUGAGGAGGAGAGCACUUGGGAGCCCCAAGAAAAUAUGGGCAAUUGCAUUGAACUUCUCACGGAUUUUGAGGCGGAAUUGCAUAAAAAACAAAUGAAGCAGGAGGCAAUAAUCAAAACUGAGCGCCUUGAAGCUUCAUCGGCAUCGCCAAAGAAACCCAUUAAAAAGAGGUCAUCUUCCAAGCUGUACACUACUGAAAUUGAUGAAGCUAAUCUGCUCAUGAAAAUGGACAAACUCCAAAUAAAACCUAGUUCUGCGCCAUUAAAGCGUAAAACAAAACAAGAAGUUAAACCAUCCUCAGAAAUGAGCAGUAAAACUUUAAAUGUCUUAUCACCAUUAAAACCUAGAGCAAAAAAACAAGUUAAAGUAUCCCCCGAAACGGAAAGUAAAACCGUGGAAACGUUAUCGCCAUUAAAACGUAAACCAAAAAAAGAAGUUAAAGUAUUUCCAGAAGCGACAAGGAAAACUUCAAAUAUCUUAACACCAUCAAAACCUGAAGCAAAACAAGAAGUUAAACUGUCGCCAGAAAUGGUCAGUAAAAGUUGUACAAUCUUAUCACCAUUAAAACGAAAAGCAAAACGAAAACUAUCUUCCUAUGAGCAUAGAUCAUUUUUUGACCUGAGCAGCGACUCAAGUGGUGAUGGUGAAACAGAGAAGCCUCUAUAUCAAACACCAUCAUCGGGUAAAGCAUCUGGAGCUUCCAGCCCUUAUUUGAGUGCUGUUUCGAAAUAUAAUUCCCUGGAGUUCAUUAAAGAGCAGGCUCGUAAAUGGAGGAGCAGGAAGGGUAAACAACAUCAAAAGCUACGUGGUUCGCCUACAUCGCGGCCGGGUAAACCUAUGAAGCCAAGAAAUCUGGAUGAUUCCAUUGAAAUUGUAAUGAAGCGUUUGCACUGUGGCACCGAUAAUAGGCAGGAGAAUCUGCCUAGCACUCCCACCACACCGAAAUGUGAGCCAAAUUUAGAAGACAACUAUUGCCGAACUCGCAGUGGCAACAAAAGGAAAAGAUGGGAACCAUGGAGAGUUUCACCGCGACCGAGAAAAACUCCGUAUGGCCUCGCACGUGGCCGUCCCUUGGACAAGGUGAUACACCAUUUUAAAAUGGGCAAGCUGGUCUUUCUGUAUGUCAAUUGGCAAGGAAUGAGUAUUACGGAUGUUAUUCUCCUGGACAACCUUAUUGACAUUUAUCCACAGCAAAUUAUAAAGUACAUGGAGACAAUUAAGGUUGUCAUGUAUUGAUGGUAUGAAAAUUCUCAUCGUACACAAAACAAAAGUAAUCUGCUGAAGUUCAGGGUCAAAAACACAAUAAGUUAUCAAAUGAAUUAAUCAUUAUAUAUUUUUAAAAUUAGUUUUUUAUAACGACAUUGCAUAAGAUAAUGCAUAUAUAACAAUAGUUUAUAAUAUUUAGGUUUCUCUUCUCAGAAAGACUUUAAAAUUUGUUCUAAUUGAAAUUUCAAGUUUUCUUUAACUUUUAACUUUCAUUAUAUCGUUUACGAUCUGCUUAAUCGUAUUUGAAAGUUGAUUAAAUUAAGAAACUUAAGUUGUUGUAUCUGAAAACUCAAAUUUCUUGAAAGAAUUUGAAAGUUUUUACAUUAUUCAUGUUGACAAUUGGUAUUAGUUUUUAGCGUAUUUUAUUGAUUAUCUUUUGAAAGGAAAAUCUAAAUAUUUAGUUUCAUUUUUUAUUAGUUUUUUUUUUUUUAUGUAUUUGUCAAAAAAGUGACUGACACUUUGAAACAUUCUGAACUGCAAUUUAGAUUCUUAUAUAAUUUAAAGACACUUUGUUUUUUAAACUAUUAUCUACUAGCAAUUGCUAAAGAAAAGUUUUCAUAUCAAUCGCAAGGCUUUAAUACUUAAGUUAAGUAUAAAAUAAUUAAGUAUAUAUAGUUAAUGUAUAGUUCAAUUUCUUUAUAAUUUGCAGUUGCAUCAGCAAAAUAAAAAUAUUUCCUAAUUUGAUAAAUAGUA